AAUUCUCAUCUUGUAAACGCAGAGCAGAGAGUCAUACCUGGAAAUCGAUACAGCAAAUUUGGCCUCCAAAUCAAAAUCACCAAAAUCCCAGAUACCAAUUUCCAAGAGAAAUGGCCUCUGCUACCACAGACCCACCAGCCCCUUCAACACUCUUUGCAGCCAUUGACAUGGGUACAAAUUCGUUCAAGAUGCUCAUAGUUCGUGCAUACCCAAAUGGCAAAUUCUUCACCAUAGACCAAUUCAAAGAGCCUGUGGUUCUUGGCCGUGAUACCAGCACAUCAUCAACAACAACCCCUUUUACACUUUCACAUCACUCCCAGCUCCUUGCCCUUGAAGCCCUUAAAAGAUUUCAGAACAUCUUGAAAUCCUACAAAAUCAACAAAACCCAUGUCCGCUGUGUUGCCACUGCAGCUGUACGUGAAGCUGUGAACAAUGUUGGGUUUUUGAAAUGUGUGAGGGAAGAGGUUGGUUUAGAGAUAGAUGUGUUGCCUGGUGAACAGGAAGCUAGGCUUGAGUAUCUGGGUAUGCUUCAGUUUUUUCCAAUAUAUGAGAAAUUGGUGCUGGGUGUGGAUAUUGGAGGUGGGUCUACUGAGUUUGUAAUUGGGAAGCAAGGAAAAGUCAUUUUUGGUGCUUCAUUGAAGCUGGGACAUGUGAAUUUGACCCAAAAGUUUGGGAACAAUGAAGAAAAUGUUGCACAUAUGAGGGAGCACAUUAGAUUGGUUGUUCAAGAAUCUGGGUUAGUUGACAAGAUUAAAGAUUGUGGCUUUGAGGCUGUUGUCGGAUCUUCGGGUACUAUAAAGGCAGUAGAAAAAGCAGCCCUUUAUGGGUAUGCCAAUGUGAGCAAUAUGCUCCAGGUCGGGAAUAUGGUUUCUUUUGGGGACAGUAAGAGGUAUUGGAAGUUAAGUAGAGGAGAACUGAAGGGUGUUGUUGAGAGUUUAUGUGGUGGAGGAGAGGCAGAGAAGAUUAGGAGGGAGAAGUUCUUUAAAAUGCGGUCCGAGUUUAUCGUUGCCGGGGCUGUGCUAUUGGAGGAGAUAUUUGAGGUAAUUGGCAUUGAGGAAAUGGAGAUUUCUGGGUAUUCAUUGGCAGAAGGUGUUAUUGCAGAAACUUUAGCUAAGGUUAAUGAUUAUGAUUUGAAUGCCAAUGCAAAGUGGUCGUCUAUUGUGCGGCUCGCAAUGAGAUUUAAUAGCAACAAGAGGAUGAGAGCGGCUUCUCAGUGUGCUAGCAUUGCAAAGGAAUUUUUUGAAUGUUUAAGAAAAUGUGAUGAGCUUGCUGGCAAUCAAGUUGCUGCCUCCCUAGAUGACAAGGAUCUUGAGUAUCUUGAAGCAUCAUGUUUGCUUCACAAUAUUGGGCUUUCCAUCGAGAAAAAGGGUUACCAUAAGCAUUCUUAUUCUAUUAUCAUGAAUGGUGGCCAUCUUCAAGGUUACAGUACUGAGGAGGUCAAGCUGAUAGCACUACUUGCAAGACACCACAGGAAGAAAUUACCAAACUUUGGUCAUGUUUCCUUUAAGGAGUUUCCAACAGAGGUCAAAAAGAAAUUCAGAUUUCUAUGUGCAAUUAUCCGUAUUUCAGUUGCACUACAACAACAUCGACGCAUUGAUUUCCAACAAAUGGAAUUUUCACAUUCUUACGAAGGUUUUAAACUGGCAUGCGGUGGUGUAAAAGUUCAAAAUUCCCCACCUUGCAUUCUAGAGCCUUUAGCUGAGGAUAUUGGAGAUGACCUAAGGCAAGAAUUAGAACACUUUAAGAUGGUAUUCCAUGAAGAACUACUCCUCCUUGUUCCUUCAAGUGUUUCAGGAUGUCUGAGAGAUAAGGAUAUCUUCACACAAGGUGUCACUUGAUAUGUCUUGAAAAAGUUCAUAUAACCCAUAAAUUCAGCAUAUACAAGGCAUUGGCAUGGAAGGACAGUCAUGUUGCCCAAGUUGCAGGAUAGCUCGUGUGAACCAUUGACGUGGAGCUCAUGGGUUGAAUUGUGGUGUUGAUACAGACUCAUUUGUCCCAGAUGAUGUGGUUCAACUGAAACAGAGCACAAGCUGGAGAAUUGGAGGUAUUGUCCAUUAAAUUGUAAUAGUUUUAAUCUCAGAAUUUCAAUGUGUAACAGAAAAAGUUGUAUGUCCUUUUAGUCUAUAACAGAUAAGAUUUACGUAUAGGCCAAAGGGAAAGAUAAAUGAAAGUCUUGGAUCUUUUUUUAUUUUUCAGCUGGGUUGCAAGGAUGUGAAAUACAAUGGUUCAGUUGCCAUAUGCUUAUUGGGUACUCAUUUGAGUUGAGACUUAUCACCCAAGUUCCUUCCCCCCUCCUUUCUCUUUCUUUCCUCUCUUGUUGAUCCCACGUAUUCA